UUUUUGCAUCAAAAAAAGAAGAAAGGAAAAAUCCCUAGUCACAUCCAGACCCAAACCCAAAUCCAAAUCCGAAGCAGUGAUGGCGGUGGAGGCAGCAAUUCAACCGAGCAAGUUGAGGUGGGGGGAGUUGGAGGAAGACGAUGGAGAGGAUCUGGACUUUCUGCUGCCGCCGAAGCAGGUGAUUGGUCCUGAUGAGAACGGGAUAAAGAAAGUGGUGGAGUAUAAGUUCAACGAGGAGGGCAACAAGGUGAAGAUCACCACCACCACCCGCAUCCGCAAGCUCGCCAAUGCCCGCCUCAGCAAGCGUGCCGUGGAACGACGCUCCUGGUCCAAGUUCGGCGAUGCUGUCCAUGAAGACGUCGGCAGCCGCCUUACUAUGGUUUCCACUGAAGAGAUCCUCCUUGAGCGUCCCCGCGCUCCAGGUACCAAACAAGAGGAGAAUAAGGUUGCUGGUGAUCCUUUAGCUCAAAUGGGGAAAGGAGGAGCUGUUCUCAUGGUUUGUAGGGCCUGUGGUAAGAAAGGUGAUCACUGGACAUCAAAGUGCCCAUACAAGGAUCUUGCUCAACCAAGUGAGAGCUUCACUGAUAGGCCACCUUCGUCAGAAACUACUGCUGCUGCAACUGGUGCUACAAAGGGAGCAUAUGUUCCUCCAAGUAUGAGAGGUGGUGGUGCUGAGAGGGUUGUUGGAACUGACAUGAGACGAAGGAAUGAAGAAAACUCUGUUAGGGUCACCAAUCUUUCAGAAGACACGCGGGAGUCUGAUUUGCAUGAGUUAUUCCGCCCGUUCGGUAAUGUCAGUCGAGUUUAUGUUGCCGUUGAUCAGAAGACUGGCAUGAGCAGAGGUUUCGGUUUCGUCAACUUUGUGAACAGGGAAGAUGCUGAAAGGGCUAUUAACAAACUUAAUGGGUAUGGUUACGACAAUCUUAUACUUAGAGUUGAAUGGGCGGCUCCUAGGUCAAACUAGUUCUCUCCUUAAAAUCGUCGUGUUGCUGUAUUCGCCCUAAACAAACGUCAGUUCAUGUUAUUGUAGCUUUGUUUACAUUUGAUAGAAAUACUGCUUAUGCUUUUCCAAUGUCGCGAGGAUAUUUUAUGUAUGAAAGUUGCCAUGCCUUGCGUUGGCACUGGUUAUGGUUUGCUGGGAUUAGUUUA